AUGUCGCAUCCAAAAGAAAUUGACAAGUCGAUCGCAACUGAUACUAUUAUAGUUGAAAUCAAUUCAUCUCCUAACGACGAACAAAUCAAUUCAAUUUCUUUCACUUCUAAAGAACUUCAAAAUAUGAUUCGUAUUGAAGGUGAAAGUUCCAAUUCAACAAAUGAAUCAUAUUGCAGUAACAUAAUUGAAGAAUUUGAAUAUAAAACAGAUGUCCCUACAGAAUUUGUACUAGUUGUAAACAGUGUUUUCAAAUCACUAAAUUUGGCAGGAAAAAUGUAUACGGAUUAUGCAGAAAUGGCAGGUUUUCAGACAAGACUGAGUAGCCAAUCAAAAUACAAUAGCCAGAUAAUAAAAGAAAAAUAUGUUAUAUGCAAUAGGGGUGACAAGGAUAAACCAAAACCUUGUGAUACGUUGUCUACAAGUUCUGUCAAGAGGAAACCAAAUUCAAACAAGAUAAUUACUGGGUGUACAGCAAAAAUUAUAUUUGAAAUUGUUUAUGGAACAACAGAUUACAAAGUUAAGAAAUUCUUUGAAAUGCACAACCACCCACUGGAAAGUAUUGAGGAAAAACCUUAUAUGAAAAAGGCAAGAAGGAUGUCAUAUUCUGAAAAAGAGUUUGUAGUACGUGCAUCAAAAGCUAAAAUUGGUCCCAUAAUGGCUCACAAAAUACGAGCAGUUUUGAAAGGAGGAUAUAAAUAUGUAGGGACGAAAGUAACAGACUACAAAAACUUGAGGAUAGGAGUAAAUAGAAUCUUAUGUUACAAGGAUGCUCAAAUAAUGAUAAACAAAAUGAAUGAUCGUAGAGAUCAUUACCCAAAUUAUUCAUUUGAGUUCCCAUGUGAUGGAGAUCUGUUGGUUGCUAUGUUUUGGGUAGAUGAAAGAGAAAAGGCUUUUUAUGCAGAGUUUGGAGAAGUUAUAUCUUUUGAUGCAACUUUGAGAACAAACAAGUAUAAAAUGGUAUUUGUUCCAUUCACAGUAGUUGACCACCACAAGAAAUCAGUUAUUGUUGGUGCUGGGUUGCUGAGUAGAGAGACAAUUGAGUCGUAUGAAUGGCUGUUUAAAGCUUUUCUUAGAGCUCAUGAAGGGAAAGCACCAAAAAUUAUUCUAAUUGAUCAAGAUGCAUCAAUAAAACAAGCAGUGGAAUCUGUCUUACCAAAUUCAAGACACAUACUAUGCAUGUGGCACAUAAUGAAAAACCUGCAAGCAAAGGUUACUGGCGAUUUAUUUAAAAACAAAGACUUCAAGAAAAGAUUCAACAAGCUUGUUUGGAACAUGCAUAUCAAACCUGAUGAAUUUGAAAAGAAGUGGGAUUUGAUUAUUAAUGAAUUCAAUCUGGAAGAUAAAAGAUGGUUCAAUGAUAUGUUUGAAUUACGUGACAAAUGGAUACCUGCAUACUUCACAAUUCAAAAACAAAGAAAUACACAACAAGAGCUUGAUCAUCAAACAAAGAAGGCGAAAGAAAUCUAUAAAGGUUCUUGGUACUGCCAAUACGAACAUCUUGCAACAAAAAAUGGAUGGGAGUUAUACAAAGUGGAACAACCGAACAAAAACAGUGAGCUAAUAACAGAAUUUGAGGUAGAAAUAAAACUUCCAACAAAUGAUGUAAAAUGUACAUGUGAACACUUCAACCGCUUUGGGACUUUGUGCAGACAUGCAUUCAACAUACUCAUGAAACAUGGAAUUAAGGAGAUACCUGAACAUUACAUUAGGAAUCGUUGGAGAAAGGAUGUGAUAUCAAGGCAUUAUAAUUUUGGUAGACAUGUAUAUGAUAUAGGAGACAGUGAAAUUAACAGAUCUGUCAAUCAAGCAUACUACAACUUUGAAGCAUGUUUGGAAUACAAGAAUAGGACAGAUGUUGAAGAGGUAGGAAAGCUUAUGGGCAUAUCUAUUCCUAAAGAUAUUGACAUCAAUGUUCCAAAUGUUUAA